CCAAAAGUUGUGAAUGGAGGAAUCGCAGGAAUCAUCGGAGUUUCGUGCGUGUUUCCCCUAGAUUUGGUCAAGACUCGACUACAAAAUCAACAAAUCGGCCCAAAUGGAGAGAAAAUGUACAGCUCUAUGUUUGAUUGCUUCAAGAAGACUUACCGAGCCGAAGGAUACUUUGGUAUGUAUCGAGGAGCAUCGGUCAAUAUUUUAUUGGUGACGCCCGAAAAGGCUAUAAAAUUAGCAGCGAACGACUUCUUCAGAUACCAUUUCAGAACUGGUGAUCCACGUUUACCAGUCACGAGACAAAUGGCUGCAGGUGCGAUGGCAGGUAUUUGCCAAAUAGUCAUUACAACUCCAAUGGAAUUGCUGAAAAUCCAGAUGCAAGAUGCUGGAAGAGUUGCGGCAGCUGCAAAGCUAGCCGGAAAGACUGUAGUAAGGAAGUCUGCCACUCAGCUGACUUUGGACAUGAUCAGAGAGAGGGGUUUCUUUUCGCUGUACAAGGGAUUGUCCCCCACGUUGUUGAGAGAUGUUCUCUUUUCGAUUAUUUAUUUCCCGCUGUUCGCCACUUUGAACGAGAUGGGACCGAGGAGGAGUGAUGGAAGUGGUGACGCUGUGUUUUGGUGGUCGUUUGUGUCUGGAUGCGGCGGUGGUUCUACUGCUGCUCUAACUGUUACCCCUGUGGAUGUUGUCAAGACUCGAGUGCAAGCUCUAACCAAGGCCGAAGGCGAACGAAAGUGUUCGGGGAUGUUUGAUUGUGCUAGCCAAAUUCUUAAGUACGAAGGGUUAGCUGCGUUUUUCAAAGGCGGCGCCUGCAGAAUGAUUGUUGUCGCUCCACUAUUUGGCAUCGCUCAGAGUGUAUACUACAUGGGAGUAGCAGAAAUGCUUCUAGGAUAUGAAUACAAACAUGUAAAAUAA